GUACAGUUUUCCUUAAUAAAAUACGUUAUUCUUGGACUUCGAGUCAUUUUGCCUCACCUAAAGACCCGCUUAGCAAGAAUAACUUUCGUCAGGUACUUUACAACAAAAAUCUAAUGGUUUUCAACAUUAAUUAAAUUGAAAUAAUACUGACUGCGUAUAAAACGUGAAACAGAAAAAACACCUAUAUUAUCUGCAGAACAAUUUUUUUUAAUUGAGUUAUUUACGUGGUUAAUUUAAAAUAUGCAUUUCGAAAUGGCCGAUUUUUUGUUAGAGCCUUAUUACUGGAGUACUGUUCUUAGUUUUCUUGCUCAGCAAUACUUUACGGAUUCUCAUGCCACUUGUAUUUUGUUGCAUCCUUCGUUCGAUGUUCGUCUGGAAACGGUUGCACCGCUACCAUUAAUCAUCAUGGACUCGCAGGGAUGGUUAGACCAUUCUCAUGGAAAAGAUGUUUAUGAUUACAAAAGAAAACGACUUGAGUUUGAGGGCAAGGGAAUCCUCUUCAACGAUUGGAUUCUUAGGCUGACUGUUGCCAUAGAAAAGUCCCACUGUCAGACUUUCUUAGCAUUUCAGGAGCAGAUUCCCGAGUUUGCAAGAUCUUUUUAUCACGCCAGUAUCUACUCCAUUUGGCGAUCGCUGAGUAAUCGGUUUAUUUUUGUGUACACCGAAGAGCUGGUAGAAGAAAAAGAUAACUAUCUGAGUGGAUAUAUAUUCCAAGAUCAACCAAAUAUUUUACUUGUAACCUCAAACAACCUGAACUCAAGCACCUUUGACAUUAAAACUAACCGAUUUGUUGGACCGCGAAAUUUCGAUCCCAACCCGGGACCUGUCGAAUUUGAUCUUAUCCAACAGUACGAUGCCGAGAACGAGGAGAUUAUCUGGGACGUUGGGACGAAGAGUACUAUGACCGACAAAAUGCGAAACCUUCACGGACGCGAGGUAGUCAUUGGCAUCUUUGACUAUAAGCCUUUUAUGCUGUUGGAUUAUGAAAAACAGCCGUUUUUUUAUGAUCGCUCUGAGAAUACGACGGAAGUAACCAUCGAUGGUACUGAUAUCCGACUAAUGCUCAUCUUCUGCGAGCUAUAUAACUGCACCAUUCAGGUGGACACAUCUGAGACGGCCGACUGGGGUGAUGUCUUUCCGAAUGCCUCGGGCUAUGGUCUUGUAGGGAUGGUUCUUGAUAGACGAAACGACUACGGCAUUGGUGGCAUGUAUUUAUGGUACGAGGCAUAUGAGUUUAUGGAUAUGACUUAUUUUUUGGGCCGAUCUGGAGUCACCUGUCUAGUUCCUGCUCCAAAUCGUCUAAUCAGCUGGACCCUCCUGCUCCGACCUUUCCAGGCUGUCCUCUGGAUGAGCGUGAUGUUCUGUUUGCUGCUCGAAAGCAUAGCCCUUUGCAUGACCCGCCGCUGGGAGCACUCCUCGAAUUAUCAUUUUAAUUCCUGGAUCGGAAGCCUCCGCUUCGGUUGCAUAAGUACACUAAAACUCUUCGUUAACCAGAGCACCAGCUAUGUGACCAGCUCGUAUGCUCUGAGAACAGUUCUGGUAGCCAGCUACAUGAUCGACAUUAUCUUGACUACCGUCUACAGCGGCGGACUGGCGGCCAUCCUAACACUACCCACUCUGGAGGAGGCGGCAGACUCUCGGCAACGUCUUUUUGAUCACAAGCUCAUUUGGACAGGGACUUCACAGGCCUGGAUUACCACCAUUGAUGAGCGGUCAGCAGACCCAGUUUUGCUUGGCUUGAUGGAGCAUUACCGGGUGUUUGAUGCUGCUCUGAUUUCCGCCUUCUCGCACACGGAGCAAAUGGGAUUUGUGGUGGAGCGUAUGCAAUUUGGACAUCUGGGUAACACCGAGCUUAUAGCCAACGACGCUUUGGAGCGCCUGAAGCUUAUGGUGGAUGACAUUUACUUCGCAUUCACAGUGGCAUUUGUGCCACGCCUUUGGCCACAUUUGAAUGCCUAUAACGACUUCAUCCUGGCCUGGCAUUCAUCGGGCCUUGACAAAUUCUGGGAGUGGAAAAUCGCCGCGGAAUAUAUGAACGCACACCGCCAGAAUCGCAUUGUGGCCUCCCAGAAACCGAACCUGGAUAUAGGACCCGUCAAACUGGGCAUCGACAACAUCAUUGGUUUAAUCCUGCUUUGGUGCUUCGGCAUGAUCUGCAGCCUUCUCACUUUUGCGGUAGAGCUGUGGAGAGGUCGUGACACGUCCGUACUAUAGGUGUUUUUUAUUUUCUUGAACUUAAAACGAUUGUAGAACAUAAUGAAAUUCUGAAAAAUUAGUUAUAAAAAAAAUCAUCGAUGGCCUA